GUGCAGAAGAGCAAAGAAAAAAACAAAGAAACCAAAAAGAUACCAACAAAGCACAAAGGAAAAGGAAAGGCUUGGCUAAGGCAAAGGAUAAAAAGGGUCAUCACUCACUCACUCACUCACCCCCCACAAAGGCUUGUGGCAGGAAAAACCUACCCAAGUGAAAGAGAUAUCAUCAUCAUAUACCACAAGAGAGAGAGAGAGAUAGCUAGAUAGAGAGGACUCUCUGAAACACCAAGAUCAUCAUCUUUCAUCCAUCAAGAUAUAUCAAACAAGGUCUGUCUGUCUGCCUUAUUUUCUUUUCAAGCAUUUCUUCCUUUAGUAAUAAUACCCUUUUUCACUCUCUUAUUCCUAGUGUGAAACAAAACCAACUUCCUUACCUUUUUCUUUGAAUUCUCUCUCUCUUAUUCAGAUCAGAAAGCAAUACAAGUUCCAACUUGUUCCAUAUUUUUAGUUACAUAUAUACAUAGAGAGAAAGCUAGAGAGAAAGAGAGAGAUGUGUGGAAAGAAAGAAGAUGAUCAAGGAGAGUGUUCUCAAAGUGUCAAUAAUAUUAACAUACAAAGUUUCCAGGAACAGUUACUUCUUCAACAACACCAACAGAUGCAACAACACCAUCAUCAUCAACAACAACAACAAAAUAGUGACAUAUAUGGAGGCGGAAGAGGAUUGAUUUUCCCUGAGCCAAUCUUACAACCAUGGUCUCUCCCUCCAGUCCAUGCCUUCAACCAAGCUCACUUUGCCACAAACCCUGUCCGAGACCAUGACCCAUUUCUGGUCCCUCCACCACCAUCAUCGUAUGCCAGUUUAUUCAACAGAAGAGCUCCUUCUCUACAGUUUGCCUAUGAUGGUCCAUCUUCAGAUCAUCUCAGAAUCAUAUCUGACACUCUUGGACCUGUUGUUCAAUCCGGUUCAGCUCCUUUUGGGCUUCAAGCUGAGUUGGGCAAACUCACUGCCCAAGAAAUCAUGGAUGCUAAGGCUCUUGCUGCUUCUAAGAGUCAUAGUGAAGCUGAGAGGAGGAGAAGAGAAAGAAUCAACAACCAUCUUGCUAAGCUGCGUAGCUUAUUGCCCAGCACCACCAAAACGGACAAAGCUUCAUUAUUAGCAGAAGUAAUACAACACGUUAAAGAGCUAAAGCGCCAGACUUCUUUGAUAGCAGAAACGAGUCCAGUACCCACUGAAGUAGACGAGCUAACCGUGGAUACAUCUGAUGAGGAUGGUAAGUUUGUGAUCAAAGCCUCACUUUGCUGCGAGGAUAGGUCUGAUCUUUUGCCUGAUCUCAUCAAAACUUUGAAAGCUUUACGUUUAAGAACUUUAAAAGCUGAGAUUACAACACUUGGGGGUCGUGUAAAAAACGUUCUUUUCAUUACUGGGGAAGAGGAUUCAAGUAGUAGCGACGAGCAAAACCAAAACCAAAACCAGCAUCAACAGCAACAUUGUAUAAGUUCAAUUCAAGACGCGCUUAAAGCAGUGAUGGAAAAGACUAAUGGGGAUGAGUCUUCUUCUGGGAAUGUUAAGAGGCAAAGGACUAAUGUGAAUAUCCUUGAACACAGGUCGAUUUAAUUUACUAAGACCUUACAUGCACUUUCUUGUGAUCUUUUUUCAUCAUUAUCUUCUUCUUCUUCUUCUUCUAUCUUCUUUUUGUUUUGCUUGUGGGAGUGGUUUUUUGGUGUGUUUAUUAUUAUGUAUUUCCACCAAUGAACAAAUAGGUAAUGAUGGUAUGUUUUGUGUACUUGCAUCACUACAAAAAAUAGGAAAAAUGUGUUUUGGUGUAUAUGUGUGUAUGAGUGAGAGAGAGAGAGAAAGAAAGAAAGAGAGAGAUGGGUUUGUGGUUUGGUGGGAUUUCUCAUUUUAAUUAUUUUGUUUUGUUUUGGUUUGGUGGUUCAGAAACUGCACGUAGAUGUGCUUAGUUUGUUAGAUAAGGAAAAAACAGUGAGGGAUCUUUUUCGUAGGGAGAGAAACCUUAUUUUAAAUCCUAACAUAGAAAAUGUGGACUUCAUGGGCUCUCUCUGAUCCGAUUUGAACUCAAACAUGCAGUCUGUGGUUUUGUUU